GCGCGCCGAACGAACGACCGCAGUUGGGAACGUGGGAGUGGGAUCGAUAAGAAUCGGCGAUGUGCCGCGGGUCAAUGGCAGGGCCGAACGAGCCAACGAGCGUAGCGCCAUUCGCAGCCGGCUAGCGAGCUCGGGACGGACCGGAGACCGGAGCGAGCGAUGAUGCCGGAGAGGAGAGGGGAGUGGGACGACUACCGGACGCCGCACGGGUUGCUGAUGGCGGUGGUGAUGGGGGCGGUGGUGGCGGGGCCGCUGUUCGUCCUGGACGGCGGCGAGGCGGUGCGCGAGGCCCUGUCGGAGCUCCUCGGGCCCGUGGGGCUCCCGCUGCUCCCCCUCGGCCUCGUCCUCGUCAUCCGCGUCCUCUCCUCCGGCCUCCGGCUCGUCGACGUCUUCGGCUUCGCCGUGGGAGAGUCGCUCGACGCCGCCUACCGCUCCGGGCGGGGGUCGCCGGUGGGGGUCGUGCUCGCCCUGAUGUUCUUCCUGCUCGCGGUGUACUACAGGUCGUGGUCGCCGUUCGGCGGCGACGACGAGUAG